CAAAGCUGGGGAGCGUAACACAACGGCAAUCUGUCACCUAUCCGCAGAUUGCCUCACUGUUCUCGGUUUGUCUUGAGCUAUGGUCCGGAGGAAUGGAGAAACAUGGACGUGACGGAGUGAUACGACAGAGGACGCGCACGGAUUCGGAGUGGAAUUAUAACAGUCCCCGCCGCGGUGCUCUUCUCCCCUGCCUUCCCGUGUAACACCGUUCCCUGGAUGUGACGGAGGGACGUUCCAGUAAUAUUCGUAGCCGGACGAGAAGACGACGGGGCGGCCUGAAAUUGAGCAAACGUCGCUGGCAGUGGAGCUCACCAGGGCUCAUGUGAGAGGAGGCCAUGGGAAGUCAGGGCAGCCCGGUGAAAAGCUACGACUACCUGCUCAAGUUCCUGCUGGUAGGCGAUAGCGACGUGGGCAAGGGGGAGAUCUUGGACAGCCUGCAGGACGGCUCGGCUGAAUCGCCCUACGCAUACAGCAGCGGCAUCGACUAUAAGACCACCACCAUUCUUCUGGAUGGCAGGAGGGUGAAGCUGGAGCUUUGGGACACAUCAGGACAGGGACGUUUCUGCACCAUUUUCCGCUCCUACUCGCGCGGCGCUCAGGGUAUCCUGCUGGUGUACGACAUCACCAACCGUUGGUCCUUUGACGGCAUCGACCGGUGGAUCAGAGAGAUUGACGAGCACGCGCCUGGCGUUCCGCGCAUCCUGGUGGGCAACCGCCUGCACCUGGCCUUCAAGCGGCAGGUGCCCACCGAGCAGGCGCGGGCCUACGCCGAGAAGAACGGCAUGACCUUCUUCGAGGUGAGCCCACUGUGCAACUUCAACGUCAUCGAGUCCUUCACCGAGCUGUCGCGCAUCGUCCUCAUGCGCCACGGCAUGGAGAAGUUCUGGAAGCCCAACCGAGUGUUCAGCCUGCAGGACCUGUGCUGCCGGGCCAUCGUGUCGUGCACGCCGGUCCACCUCAUCGACAAGCUGCCGCUCCCCGUGGCCAUCAAGUCCCACCUCAAGUCUUUCUCUAUGGCCAACGGCAUGAACGCCGUCAUGAUGCACGGACGCUCGUACUCGCUGGCCAACCCGGCCGGCGGCUCCAAGGGCAACAGCCUCAAGCGCUCCAAGUCCAUCCGGCCCCCGCAAAGCCCCCCACAGAACUGCACGCGCAGCAACUGCAAGAUCUCCUAACUGCUACUUCCCACCCCCCACCACCCCCCCGGGGAACAACAGCCAGCGGGGUGAUCGACUGGCCGGCCGGGGAAGCGUUGACGCUGGUCAGGGCGCAGUCCCAGGAGAAGGAGUCCAAGAUUUUUGAGUGCCCCGCUGCUACUACCGAAACCACGAGUCACGUGAGAGACAAACAAUGAGUUUUCUCUUCCUCUAUAGACAGAGACACUCAUGAAGUGUCUCUGUAUUUUUUUACCUUUUAUUUUUUGUCUUCACAAGUCAUCUUUUCUUGAUUCUCAAGCUCAAUAAGCUACAAGUUGGCACACUUUGGAAAUGGCCUCCCACACUAGCACAUUUUGGCCUCUCUCACACACACACACAAGUAUUUUCAUGCGCUCUUGGAACACUCUCCGGACUGGCGACACACGCACACGCGUACACGUUCCUCUUUAAAACAACCGUCGUCACAUACAGAAAAACGGAGAGAGAAAAAACGUGUGCUGAAUUUGACUCCGUUUUAUUUCAUCAAGUGUCUCAGAGUCUAUUUUUUUCGGUAGAUGUAGCAUCUUCUGAAAAAGAUUUUCUGGAUCCAGAUGAUUUUAUUGCGUUCAACCACUUGAUGAAAUAAAAUGGAGUGAAUUCAACACCCCGUCACACACACUGUACACGCCACACGCACUCCAUCUCCAUUCAUCUCAUCACACACGGUUCACAUUGACAUGCUCCUCACUCACUCCUCUGCCACCAUCUCAUACACUCGACACACACUCAAUGCACACUUGCGUAAUCGCCUCGGAAGCUCGUACACUCCUCACAUACUGGAGCGCCUCAUUGUACUUUCCUUCGCACAUCAACAGGCGGCUGUCUUGCGAUUGGAGCUAACGCAACGAGUCCCGGCGUGCUCCAGGUGACUAGCAGACUUUGUUAGCGUGUCUGAAAAUGGAAUGAUCGGAUACAUCAAACCUGGUUUUUGUUCUGUGCAUCACCCGCUUGUUGGCGUGAAAAGUAAUUGUUUAAGGUCCCUCACACUUGGAUCUAACUUGACACUAGCGAAGGACUCUUUUCCUUGAUUUCUCUUCAUUUUGUACACUUGGACUUGCCUACUACUACUAGCACGCGGGCUCCAUUUUAGAUCACAACACUUGGCUCCCGUUCGUCCCACGUGGCUUCCUCCCUCUUCCAAUUAUGGCUCAUAUGAUCUCAUGUCAAGGGAGCGAAAGACGUAUGGGGUUGUCCUCGUGUGACGGAUUUCGAAAUGUGUUACGUGAAGAUGCCUUUCAGCCACAUGAAAUUUUUACUACGGCAUUUAAAAAAACAACACAUCUCACCAGGGACCCGAUCCGCUUGGAAGGAUGUCAUUAGCCGUCAUAUUGUGUUUUUAAAAUAUUUAUAUUACGGUGUCAGCCACAGUUACAUUGACACGGUUAUCGGUUGAUGUGGGAUGGCUGCAGUCCUGCUACGCACAAGUUCAGCAUCCGUCAGCCAAAAUGUCGAUCAUUGUUCUCCAAAGUCAAAACGGAUGUUUGCAAAAGACUUAUUUUGAUUCUGCUUUUGGGGGUUAUUUAUUUGAGGCUCAAAUUCUGAGGAUUUUACGGUUUGCUCUUCAUGAUUAAUCCAUGAUCCAAAAAGUUUUGAAGUAGUUUGAUCAUUGAUUAGUUGCAAAAUAAAAAUAGUUGCACUUCACUCUUGAUGAGUAGUAGAUGAAUCCGCGAUAAUGUCCACUCUAUAAAUGGCCCUACAGAGUAUUUGGGGAGGAUGCCACGGAUCGUUUCAGCUUAAGCAUCAACAAUCUAAAAAUCCCUGCGUAACAAACGUCUGAAUGAUUGUGAAUGCAGCUAGACCCUUCUGAUGUCGGCCUCGCCGCCUCCUCCAUGCGCCAUCCCAUGAUUCAUUGCUGCUGAAUAAUGAACACUCCUCAGGGAGGCGUCUUCAUCUUCUUCUUUGAGGUGCGCUUUCAUCUUCCCCCUUUCCACAGCUCACACUGUUUCUCACUUUUGCCGCCAUUUUUUUCCCCCCACAACGUCGCCACCUCAUUUUCCUUUCCCAACUCAGUUUCUCUUCUCAUAAACGCCAGCGUGAAGAGUUCAAAUCAGUAUUUUAUCACGUGUAUUUUGCUUUUUAUGGGAAGUGUUUUUCGUCUAUUCAGGGCACGUGUCAAACUCAAGGCCCCGGGAGAUGCAUUUUUUUGUGGCCUACUAAGGCAAAUCACGUGUGUCAAAUUCAUGUUUUUUCGCUAAAUCAAUUUGUUCUUUCUCGUUUGGGUCUAAAAUCUGGACGGCAAAAUGCCAUUUUUAAUCUCGUUUUUACAGAUGUUAGAAUUUGCAAUCGCCGAACCACUACUGUGCAGGGGCUCACUUUCAUAACUAUAAAAUGCAGCAGCAAUUGUGUGUGCGCAACAUACACUUGGUAUCAUUUUACAGUCAUGAAAUGUGUUUGACACACACGAUUUUGUGAUCAGAAAACAUACUUCAAUUCUUUUUUCUUGUCAUUUUAUGUUCAUUUUACACCAAAUUCAUCUCCAAACUAUCAUCCCACUGGCUUGUGUGGAAGAGUGUUACAUCAAUUUUGGAACAAAUCUGAUGAAAAUCAGCAUUUUUUCCCCCCUCCCGCUGCACUGGCUUUGUUGGUGUGGCCUGAAGCUGUAAUCCUGCACUGAGAAUGUUCUUGGCACAAGUGUCCGGCGUGUGGUGGAUUUUCAUGUUUGGAACGACACUCCUGUUGUUGGGAAUGUGUUUCCUUCCUUCCUGCCAGCCCUUGCUACUGCUUUUUCACCCGUGGCACUCUGAAAAUCCGACAACAUGCACAAAAAUGAGAGAAAAACAUAUCUGCAGAUCGUUAAUGUACUAUUUUAUUUUCUACCUGUGACAUAAAACAACCACUUUUUGGAGUCAUUUGUGUUGUUUUAUAUCUUCUCUGAUAGAGGUCCUGACUCUGGAUGAAGUGUAAGAUAAAACUCGAGCAGCAAAUGGAACAAAUGUUUGUGUGCCACUUGAGUUUUUCAAAUUGGACUCAGUAUUGUUGCCAAGAAUUCAAGAAGAGGUUUUCCUCUCUGUGAUGUGCUGGAAAAGAAAGAUGCGUUGUACUUGCUGACUAAUGGACUAAAAACGUGUUUUUGUUUAUUUUUUGCGUGUGCACGACCUCUUAAAUGAUUUCAGAAAAGGAUGCAUGAUAGGAAAUCUUCAGGGGAUGCCCUCUGAUUGGCCUUAUUGGCUUUGUGUAAAGAAGCAGUCUUGUAAAAUGGACUUAAAAAUACAUUUAAACACUAUUCUAGGAGUUGAAGGCUGCUGCAUCUGAGGUGUGAGUAUGUGUGUCUGAGUAAUAAGCUGAAAUAUUUUUCCUCUUUUUAAAUUAUUGAUUGUACAGUUUCAACGCUGUGAGGGUUUGAAGAGACUUUUUCACAAAUAAACAGUUGAAUGUUCAAGUUAA